AUGACUACCAUCGAUUCCAUACCCAAGAGACUUACAGACAAAAAGCUCCUCGUCUUAAAUCCAAAUUCGUCCAAGUCUAUGACUGAAGGCCUGCAUACUCUACUGUCUACCAUAAACGAUCCUCCUCAGGUACAAAUCUCAUUUUACACAGCUCAUCUUCCAAGCCCCCCAUCUAUCAAUAACGAAGAAGAUGCCCUUCUCUCUACCGAAAUCGUCCUUUCAGACCUUACCUUGACUCUUGAUCAAUACGAUGCCAUUCUCGUAGCUUGUUAUAGUGUUCAUCCCCUGGUUACGGAGCUCAAGAAGAGAGUAAAACCAAACGUACACGUUGCGGGUAUUUUUGAGGCGAGUGUGAUGAUGUCGUUGGGGUUGUUGUCGCAGGGUAAUUUACAGAGAUUUGGCGGUAGUGAAAGUGAGAAGGAAGGUUUUGGGAUUGUGAGUACGGGAAAAUAUUGGGAGGAAGCUUUGGCGGAGGGUGUAAGGAAAUUCUUAGGAGUCAAAAAGGGAGAGAGAUGCGAUAGGUUCAAAGGAGUGGAGACUACAGGUCUCACAGCUGGUGAGCUUCAUAGUGUUGACCCCGAGAUUGUGAGGAUCAAAAUGAAGGAAGCAGUGAAAAGAUUGAUUGGAGGAAGAGAUUGUUUCGUUAUCUGUUUGGGAUGUGCGGGAAUGGCAGGUAUGGAUGAUAUGGUCAGGGAAGCACUCAUCGAAGAAUUGGGCCCAGAGGAUGCCAAAAAGAUAUAUAUUGUCGAUGGUGUUAAAGCUGGGGUUGUAUACCUGGAGGGUAAUCUGAAGGCAAUGCCUAAUGGAAGCGGUUGA